GUCAAUCACAAAGUGCAACAAUCGACGACUCCCACCAUGUUCACUGGGACAGACCGAGAAAUGGUGAUGAUGUCCUAAGGAAUUAAUGGUACUGAGACGCGCUGUGACGUAAAUCAUGAUUUGUGAGGACCUGUGUCCAGGAUGAGUGUACCCAGGGACAGUGGUGAGAUUACAACCCUCACUCCUCCACCUUGGGCAGGCUUCACCCCAGUCUCUCUCUGAGAAUCCUUCACUCCCUACAAACAUGGCUGAGAAGAGGGAGCCCCCAUUUUUUAACAAUGAUAAUCUAGGGGUUGUCAACUACAAACUGCCCUUCUAUGAGACCAUGGAGCUGUUCAUAGAGACUCUGACAGGGACCUGCUUCCAGCUGCGGGUCUCCCCGUUUGAGACAAUUGUCUCUGUAAAAGCCAAGAUUCAGAGGCUGGAGGGGAUCCCUGUUGCUCAGCAGCAUUUGAUCUGGAACAACCUGGAACUUGAUGAUGAGUACUGUUUGAAUGACUACAGCAUCGCAGAAGGUUGCACUAUCAAGCUGGUCCUUGCCAUGAGGGGUGGGCCUAUCAACACCAAACGAGUGACCAUUGAGAACUCAGUAAAGCAUUCCUCUGACUGCUUGGAUUCAAAGAAGGAUGAGGUGUGGGAAAAGUCUCUAUCUAAUAAACAGGUCACUUUCCUCGUAUACAAAGAGGGUGACCAGCUCAACGUCUUCCGGGUUGUGGAUCGUGGAGACGGAACUCUGACGCCUGUGUCUAAGUCGCUAAGCAGUGGUUCAGUUCACAAUGUGUAUGCUGAGGAAGAGGAGGAGGGUGUGAGCAUUUCCUCUGCGCAGCUGAUGCUAGAGAACUCCAUCACAAUGAACAAGAUGAAGCUACUCAAAGCCAAGAUGGAGAAUAUGAACCUCAAUAAAAAGCCCAAGAAGUCUACCAAGUUGAGAGUGAGGCCUCCGGUUGGUCCACGCCCUUUUUGUGGAUCCCUUGGCUCUGCUCGCCACCACCGAAUGCUCCGCAUCCCUCCUCAGAUGAUUGGCCACACCCCUGUAACACAGCUACCUCCGAUUGGUGAUCAGCAGCAGUCUUCCUCUGAAGCUGGGCCACCUUUCACAUGUCACCCAAGUUUUGCCUCUGGUAGACCCAUUUCCUCACUAACAACGUCUAGCAAAUACAUCAUUCAGGAGGAGGAGCCAUGGAAUAAGCCCACACCGAGGAACAUUAGGCUACCUCCUAAAGUGUCCAGGCUGGAUGUGGGUGCGCCGAACGCUAUAACAGACUGUUUGUACCCUCCAAUCCCUGUUUUGUCUGGUCUGGAAGCUGAAGACGAGACCGAGAUACAGAGUGAUGGACUAAUGCUACCAGAAGAUGGAGUUAUGAUGGAGCCUUCCAAACCCUUUCCGUUUAAUAACCUGCUCCAAGAGCCACUGAGUCUGGAUCUUUCUGCUCAGCCGGAGGCCAGUCUGGACUCUUUAGGAGCACUGAACGAGCCCCUGACUGCAACUCCAUUGCUGUCGCAAGUUGUAGGCUCAGACAAUAUUAACACAUGGUCAAUAGGCACUAAGACACUACAGUCCCAAUCUGACCGAGCUGCACUGAACUCGCUACACACUCCUCCGCUUGUGCCUCGACCUUUCACAGAUUUUACCACGGAAGUGUCUCGCCCCUUCCUCGGCUCUAACAGAGCGCCUACCGUUCCACCGCGCCCGACUCCGCAGACCCCUCCUCUCCAUCACAUCAGAGUGGACUCACCAGGCAAACGGUCAGACGGAGUAUACAAGAGUGAAGCGCAGGACGUAACCAAUACGGCCAACAUUUCCAAAGAGCUGUCUGGCUGUGUGAGUAACAUCGAUGAAAAACAUGCAAGGCCUUGUGAUCUUGCCAGAUUUAGUGGCACAAACGCCCCCUUGCAAGCCAACAUCCAUCUGCUACGGGAGGAUCUGCUACGGAGAAUCGUUCCCCUGCAGAGAGCAACAUACACACCAUCAGGAAUCCUGGACUCAAGUGGACUCUCCAGUUCAAUUAAGAGACUAGGCUCUCCGACAUAUCUCCUCCCUCCUUUGAAGGCUCCCCCGAGCUCAAAGAAGAAGACUUCAAAACACUGCUUCCUAUGUGGGAAGAAGACCGGGCUAGCCACCAGCUAUGAAUGCAGGUGUGGCAACAACUUCUGCUCCACGCAUCGCUAUGCAGAGACCCACAACUGCACUUACGACUACAAAAGUGCAGGACGCCGCUUCCUACAGAAGUCUAACCCCAUCAUCAGUGCACCAAAGCUGCCCAAAAUAUGACGGCACUAAUAAAGGAAGAUGAUAUACAAAUGAAAGCAUGAUUAUCAGAACAAGAACUUAACCAGCAGUGUGCUUUUAUCACCAAUAUUGCUUAAAGACAGAUUUUAUUUUAUUUUAUUCAAAAAUGUGAAGUUUCUUCUUGAUUUUUUUUUUCUUUCUCUUUGUUACUAUUUUGUCUACACGCAUAGGACAAAAAAAAUUAAACUGGUGUGGAAAUGUCGUGGAAAAGUGAUCACUACAAAUUGAUAUAUUUCUUAUCGUUUCUUUAAAUGUAAAUGGCUUAAUGAGACAAGUCUUUGCCGGAUGCACUUUAGUAAUAAUGUCGUCACACUUUUUUUUCCCUUUCCUUACUCUAAAUUAGUACAUUUUGGGCCUACAGCACUUCAUUAAAGACGUUACAAAAGGUAUUAAGGUUACAUAAUAUAAAAGGAUAUAAAAGGAUACAUCUGAUAAGGGUUUCACUUUUAAUACAAGUAUAAAUGAGCUGUAAACACUACUAUGCAGUAUGGCCACAUAGCAUAUGAAUAUUUGUGAGAAGGGCUUGGUAGGCUGAUAUGAACACAAAGCUGAGUUGCCAAUGUGAAUUUUUUUUUUUGUUUGUUUUUUUUGUAAUUUUUUUUAAUUGCACACCACCAUGAACAGCUGUUAAAAUGUUCAGUAUUUAUUUGGGAAUUAAUCUAAUAAACUGAAAUAUAAAUAAAAUAUAUCCUGUUA